AUGGAAGUGUAUUUGCAUGAUGAUCCUGAGUUUAUCACGGAAUCUCAUCAUCAGAUGUUGUGGUCACUUCUUGGAAGUAAAGAGGAUGCUCAUGAUUCAAUGGUUUACAGUUACCGACACGGCUUCUCAGAUAUCUCAAGAACAAGAUUGAUAUUCCCAAUCCGUGAUCUAGACUUGAGCAAGUACGCGAAAAAACAAGAAUGGCCGGUCAUACUUACUUAUAUGAGCAACCAUUACGGUGGACUUGGUGGUGCGGCAUAUCUUCUGUUCUACGGAAGAGUGAAAAGUGAAACAGAGACGAAAUCAGCUGAGAUGUCGAGGACUGAUAUAGAGAAAGACUUCUAUGAGUGGUUGCAGGCUUGCAGCAAGCAUUUAAUGUUGAUUAGAGUGAGAGCCCUGCUCCUAUGAGCUUUUUGACCCAAGACAUUGCCUUUGGAACGACCAAGCAGAGGUAUUUGAGUGAAGCGUUUGGGGGUUUGAUGUUAUAGAAGCAAGUCUGCAAAGAAAAAUGUUGUUGGAAAGAUGUAACAACAGGCUUGCAAGUUAAAAUCUUUCUCUGUGAAUGUGCAUAAGAUGUAGGCUAAGCAAUUCCAAGUUCGAAGCUUUAUUUCUUCCCGUCAAAAGCCCAUAUAUGAAGCGGGCUAAAAUGGGUUUUGUCCAACUUCACCCAUGGGCAAAACGGGUUUGGACAUUCUGACUUAAAAAGCUU